AUGAUUUUAUUCUCCCGGCAGGGGAAGAUCCGACUGACGAAGUGGUUUCAUUCCGUUCCAGAUAAGGAGAGAAAGAAGAUAUCAAGAGACAUUGUGAACACAGUCCUCCAAAGAAAGCCAAAAAUGUCGAAUUUCGUUGAUUUUAUGGGCAUGAAAGUGGUGUACAAAAGAUAUGCAUCCCUGUACUUUUGCUGCGGAGUCGAUCAGGACGAAAAUGAACUCGAGGUGUUGGAAGUAAUCCAUCGAUAUGUUGAAAUUUUGGACAAGUAUUUUGGAUCUGUGUGCGAGUUGGAUAUCAUCUUCAAUUUCGAAAAAGCGUACUUUGUUAUUGACGAGUAUUUACUAGCUGGACAACUUCAGGAAUCCAGCAAAAAGAAGGUCCUGCACGCGAUAGAAGCAGCAGAUCAAAUGCAAGAAGAAGACCAAGAGCAAGAAGUGACUCGUUCGAUCUUAGAAGAAUUCGGCCUUACAUAA